UCCGGGCCCCCUGUCUGCACAGGCCUGCCCCCCUCCCCAUUAGACCAGCCUGCACCCAGGGGAGGCUGCACCGCGGGUUUAAAAAAUAAAUGUGGGGGAUGAUAAAGUCUUGAACUGCACCAUAAGGGGGGGGGGGGGAGUGGAUAAUUAAGGCUGACAUCAUUCUGGCCUUUCCUGACCUUUGAUUGCUGGGCUGCAUGACCUGAGCAGUUAUUUAAUUUGUUUUUGUCGUUAUGUAAUUCACCCUAACGUUUUGCACACCGCCAUCUCCACAAAAAACCCCACCCUCCCAUACCUCUUCACAGGCUGUUCUAGCAGCAGCUGCCUGAUCAACUCCCCAGCUCUCAGCAGCUGCACGGGCUCUAUUUCCCAACAUGCUUUGGACUACUCUUUUCCUGUGCGAAGUAGAAAAAUUAGUGGUAGCGGGACCAUUCGGUGAGAGAAGCAGCAGUUCCUCAGUUGACUUGCUGCCCCAAGUGUUCACUCACCCUGGGUGAGGGAUGUUAGUUACCCAUUGUGCAAGAAAACAAGACUGGGAAAUGCCCUCUCAGUGCACGUAGUUCCAGUGGAACAUAUGCAAGGUACAAGGCGGAGAUGAGAGGAGAGGGCCUGGUUUGAUGUAAUCUUGACAAGGAUUUUGGCCAAGGAAGAUGGUGCUGGACUCGGGGACACAGUCGUAUGAGCGGCAUCGCAGUGUCCUGAGCGCCAGCCCCCAGCAUGAGAGGACCAGGAAAAAGUUCUCUGAACACAAUGGGCUGCAACUCUAUUCCUACCUCUCCCCUUCACCAUCUCCAGAUUCAGACCCUACCCACCAGGGCCAAAGGCCCAAAACACCUACCAAGCUCAAGUGCUCCAAGGCCUCAGAAGCAAGGCCUGAGGUCAGGCGGCUGUCAGAAACCUGCCCUGCCUUCCCAAGCCCCUGCAGCUGGAUGCGCCGUAGCGAGAGCACCUGCACUGUGAAUAGUAGUGGCCGGGCGCGUGCACAAAUCCGCAGUGCAGCUUCCCUGCCUCAUAUUGCCAGGCCAAAGGCUGAGGAGAUCAGCGUCAGCAGGAGGAGUCCUUGCCUGCUGGUGGCCCUGAGGCCCUUGAAUGUUGAAAAGGAGAGAGAGAAGUUCUUCCAAUCUUGUUAUACUUACAACCCACAGUUUGAGUAUGAGGAGCCUGUCCCUGUGGCUGUGCUGGAGAAAUACAGAGAUGCAUCAGACCAGUUCAUUACACAGGCAACUGGGAUCAUUCAUGCCGUCCUGGAGAAGUAUGGCUCUUAUGAGCGCUUUGAAGUGACCACUGGUGGAAGACUGCUGAGCAAAUGCCAAAUCUGGUCUAUUAUCCGGAAGUACAUGCAGAAGGAGGGCUGUGUGGGAGAGGUGGUCGUUCAUCUGACUGAGGACCUGCUGUCCCAAGCCGUGAUGAUGGUGGAGAACAGCCGGCCCACCCUGGCAAUCAACCUGUCCGGAGCCCGGCAAUACUGGCUGGAGGGCAUGCUGCGCCAUGAAAUAGGCACUCAUUACAUCCGUGGGGUGAAUAAUGCCCGCCAGCCUUGGCACAGCAUGGAGGGCCGUAAGCAGUAUGGCCUGAAGCCUGCUAACCCCACAGAAGAAGGCCUGGCUAGUCUGCAUAGCGUCCUCUUCCGUAAGCAGCCCUUUCUGUGGCGGGCAGCACUGCUGUACUACACCGUCCACCAGGCCCGUCAUAUGUCCUUCAGCGUGCUCUUCCAGCACUUGGAGCAGUACGUCCAAGAUGCCAGAGUCCGGUGGGACUACUGCGUGCGGGCAAAACGAGGCCAGACUGACACCUCACAGCCAGGCUGUUUCAGUAAGGAUCAAGUGUAUCUGGAUGGAAUUCUCCGGAUCCUGAGGCAUCGGCAGACUAUUGACUUCCGGUUGCUGGCAGAACUGGGCAAGGUCUCCUAUGAAGAUGUGAAUCAGCUGAAGGAAUUCGGUGUUCUAGAGAAGGCGCGAAUCCCCCAUUUCAUGCAGGACAUGGAACGGUACAGACAGCAGCUUGACCACAUCAUCGCCACCAACAGACUGAAUGAGGAAGAGCUAGAGCAGUUGCUGCCAGACUGACCUGGUCUGCAGGGUCCUGACCUACCUGCCCCUGUGGCAGAGUCCCACUUCCCAAGCCACACUGCCUUUUGUGCCAGGAAGCCUUGCGCACAAAAGGGAGUUGUCUUGUGUGCGUGUCUGACUGCAGCCGUCCAAAGCAUUCAGGGUGCCAUGGGGUCUGUGUAUUUAUUAUUCAUUUUGUGACUGUUCAGCAGGUCAGUCCUCACUUGGAGGAAGCUUCCUCCCAUCCAUUCAGAAGUGGGUCCUGCAAAGGGAGAGCUGGUUGUGUGUGGAUUCCUGCAGUAGGACAUGCAGCGGUGAGGGUGGGGGGAGGGGACAAUAGCUAAGAUGCAUGCAAUGCCACGGGAGGAAACUAGCACCAGAGGUGCUUUGGGGGUUGUUUUUUAUACACGCUGUUGUGGAGGGAGGGCUGGGGAAAGGAAGGAUGAUGUUAUAUUUAAACAGCCCAAAUCCAAGAUGGAGAACAGAAAUGUUUCUAUAGGAAUCACUGAGAGGACUGUGAAGUCUGCAGAUCAUAUGUUAAAACCCUAGGAGGCAGCCGCAGAUUGGUCAGGGAGGGUGGAAGGGAGCGCUGCACUCCAGGAGAGGAUGAAGGAUCUGUUCUCGUCUGUAUCGGUUCUUACACUGUGCUCAUCACUGUAGGACCUGGGCAGUGGGGAAACCACACAGCUAGGAUUGACUUCCCUAAUCGGUGAGCGGGGACUGGAUAGCAUUAAAGAAAUCAAAAGUAGACUGCAUGCCCUGAAAAGCUUCCGACAGUGCAAUAUUUCCUCACGAGCAGGCACUCUGGUCAGCACACUCUGUGCCAGAACUCAAUCAGCUGCUUAGUUGCUUCCCUCCCUUUGUCUAGACAGCGCCUGUAAAAAUGCCUUUGCCCUUGUCCAUUCCUGAGCUGUAAGAAGGAUUUUAAUCCCCCCAAUAAAGAUUUUUUUCCACUCGUGUUUA